AUUUUUGAUUACAUAAUGUAAUAUAUAGUUACUCAAUAUACAGUAUUUUUGUGCAUGUGGUUUCAAGUGUAGUGCGUUUUAUUGAAUUUGUUAUUAUAAUUUAGUGCCUAUAUUUGUCAGUUAACGAUACCAAAUUUUUUUUUUCAAAUGUCACUAUGAAUAUAUCAACAGAACUUGAAUUGGGACUGAAACGAUUGUGUAAUCCAGCUCUGAUUAACGACAAAUGUUUCCAGACGUUGCUUAAAAAAGCUGAGAAGAGAUUGGGAACUCUGUUAAACAGUGAUACUACGGACCAAUUAACAGAUGAUGAGUCGACUAUUACAUCUAAACAAGAUAUUGUAAAAGAAGCAUAUGCUUCAUUAGUGGCUCUGUACACAAUCGCAAGUAGAUAUUGUUUGGAUGGAAAUGAAUUGAAUAUGAAUAUCCAAACACUUGUGUUGGCCAACAAUGUCCGUAUACCAGAAAUAAUAAAAACUUAUGAAACUAUCAGUUCACAUCUUAUGCAAAUCUGCAAGAUCACUACUACUUCUUUAGCUUGUGUUGUCGAUGUUGAGUGUCGCCUAGAUUACUGUGUACAAUCUAGUGUUUUUGAUGACGUGUCCGAAUUCUUUUACAAAGUACGGUUAAAGACUGUAGAUAAUGGAACAAUAGAAUACAUCGAUUUUGUCUGCAAUCCACAACAACUUCAAGAAUUAGUAUUUAAGUUAAAGGAUGCAGUUCGACAUUUAGAAAAGAUUGCUUCUACCAGUUAAGAUUUAUAAAAUGUUUUAUCACAUUCAAUUAAUACUGCAUAUUUGCUCAUUCCUAAGUUUGUUAUAUUCUUUUACAGUCUUAAAUAUAUAUACUUAACUUUUUA